UGGCACCAAUAAAAGCAGUCAAAAAUUAUUAAAUUAGGUUAGUUUUCAUUUAAAAGGCUUGUGUACAAUUCUAAAAAUUGCAAUGGGAAAAAGAAUUUGCCCUUUUGAUGAUGACGAUCACAUUCAAAAGCAACAAGUAAUUGAUAACAAUGUGAAUACAACGCGUAAAAUUAAAUCAUCUGUGUCAGAAAAAACUCUACAAUUGCUUUAUAAAGGAGCCAGGCUACAAAAUGAACCUCAACCUAAUUAUAUAAAUGAUAGCUGUAUUUCGUGUUCAAAUUCCUCAUCUGUCAAAUGCUGGUAUUGUUUGAAAGAUAUUUGUCAGAAUUGUUCGAUGCAGUGUGAUAAAUGCAAUGAAAUGUUUUGCGGAAGUUGUGCUUUUCAAGUGUAUGAUGCUGGACAAAACUCUCUAUGUUAUUCAUGUUUUUAAUUUAUUGUUGGAACUGUAAAUAAUUUUUAUAUUAAAGUAGGGAUAGGAAUACUUAAUUAAAUUAAGUUUUAUGGGAGGUCAAAAAUACUGUUGGGAUUUUUUAGAAUUUUUAUUAAAUAAACUUAUUUUAUCGAA